AGGUGCUGGAAAAGCCUUAGAAAUUUCUUGAGAUAAAAAUUCCUUAGCCACUCCUGGUGACCUCUUCUUCGCAGGGCGACUGUGAACUGUAGGGAACUAAAACCAAUACCUGUUUCCAAGAUACCCGAAAAAGGAGUGAAACCCCCAGAGAGGGCACUGCUGCUUGCUUAAAGGAAGCAGUCUGGAGGGAUGGCAGUACUAAAUGAUGGUGUACUGGGCAGUCUUGGAGCUGGAUUCCAGCUGACAAGUGUUUUUCUGAGAAUAAGCCCUAAGCUCUGAUAGCCAUGGAUGCUGCAGAAUUCCGCAAGAGAGGGAAGGAGAUGGUGGAUUAUGUUGCGGAUUACCUGGAGAAGAUAGAGAAACGCCAGGUAUUCCCAGAUGUGGAGCCAGGGUACCUACGGCCCCUCAUCGCAGACUGUGCACCCCAGGAUCCUGAGAGCUUCGAGGAUGUCUUUAAAGACAUUGAGAAGAUCAUUAUGCCAGGGGUGACUCACUGGCACAGUCCGUACUUUUUUGCCUACUUCCCUGCAGCCUGCUCCUUCCCAGCUCUUCUUGCAGAUAUGUUGUGUGGUGGAAUAGGAUGUGUGGGCUUCUCUUGGGCUGCAAGUCCAGCUUGCACAGAGCUGGAGACUGUCAUGCUGGAUUGGCUAGGAAAAAUGGUUAAUUUGCCUGAAGAGUUUUUAGCUGGGAAGGAUGGCCAAGGUGGAGGAGUCAUUCAGGGAAGUGCAAGCGAGGCCACCCUGAUUGCACUGCUUGCUGCAAGGACAAAGACUAUCAAACAGGUGCAGUCAGAGAAGCCUGAGCUAACAGAAGCAGAGAUCAUGGGCAGGCUGGUGGCUUAUGCUUCUGAUCAGGCUCAUUCAUCUGUGGAAAGGGCGGCGCUAAUUGGUGCUGUGAAGAUUAAAAGUGUUCCUUCAGAUGAAACAUUUAGUGUUUGUGGUUCAGCCCUGAAGAAAGUUCUGGAUGAAGACAAAGCUGCUGGUCUUAUACCAUUCUUUUUCUGUGCAACACUUGGAACCACCCCUUGCUGCUCCUUUGACAAGCUGUUAGAACUGGGUCCUAUUUGUAAUAAGGAAAAUAUCUGGAUGCAUAUUGAUGCAGCCUAUGCGGGAAGUGCUUUUAUCUGCCCUGAAUUCAGGCAUCUUUUAAAUGGAGUGGAGUUUGCAGAUUCAUUUAACUUUAAUCCUCACAAAUGGCUCCUAGUGAAUUUUGACUGCUCUGCAAUGUGGGUGAAAAAAAGAUCAGAUUUAAUAGGGGCCUUUAAAUUAGAACCUCUUUACCUGCAGCAUCACCAUCAGGAGUCUGGUCUUGUAACAGAUUAUCGGCACUGGCAGAUCCCCCUGGGCAGGAGGUUCCGCUCCCUGAAGCUCUGGUUCGUGCUGAGGAUGUACGGGGUCAAGGGGCUGCAGGAGCACAUCCGCAAGCACAUCAGACUGUCGCAUCAAUUUGAACACUUAGUCCUUCAGGAUGAGAGGUUUGAGAUCUGUGCUGAGGUUGUCCUGGGACUGGUCUGCUUCCGGCUGAAGGGCUCAAAUGAACUAAACGAGGCACUUCUUAAAAGCAUAAAUGAUGCCAAGAAGAUCCAUCUGGUCCCAUGCCACCUGCGAGAGAAGUUUGUGCUACGUUUUGCUAUUUGUUCCCGCACAGUGGAAUCCACCCACAUCAAGUUUGCCUGGCAGCACAUCUCACAGCUGGCAACUGAUCUUCUGAAAACAUGGGGGCAAAACCACCACCAGCAGUAACAGCAGUGAAGUAUAAGUGGAGAUGAGGUCAUCUGAAAAGGAAAUAUGGGCUAUGUAAUCAACUCAAGAAGAAGCACUGAAAGGAACAUUUUGAAAGAAGAUCAUAACUGCUGUUUCUGUUCUGUAGCUUUGCAAUGUAUCUGUAAGUGAGAAACACUGUAUUUAUGAAUAGUUAAUGCUAACCUGGAUUUAUUGUGCCUUGUGCAAAAGCUAAUACAGUCUGUGCCGAUGAAUACUGUUUGAUAUUAAAAAUAAUUACAAAAUCCCAGAACUGUACUUUAGUAGAAUAUCUACAUCUCAAGGAAGACUCCAGCUAUUAAAGAAGGAGGGAAAAAACCUGACUUUUACUUUCAGGAACCUCAAUUUAUUUUUUUUUCAACUAGCAGAGUACUUACAUUUUUA